AUGUGCGGCCAAGAGCUGCGCCCAAAGAAGGGCUGGCAAACCCCCCAGUGGUCCAAGGACGGAGGUCUCUUGGUGGCAGAAAGACGAAGGGUGGCUGUUCCCAGUGGGAGACAGGGCCCAUCUGUGUCUGUUCCUGCUUUGAUUGGUACAGCAGAGCCCCCUCCAGUAGCCUUGGCCCCAGGCCUGGCAGGCGUUCCGUCUGCAGCCCAGGACUGUGGGGUAUGGCUUAGCUCAGAACAGUCUGCAAAGGGCAGCGUUAUCAGCUGUAAACUAAUUUGGGCGCAUUCAGGAGCAAUUUCGUGUUGGUUGCUUGAAGGUUAG